UGGUAAUACUGGGGACACUGGACUUUUAUUUAACUGUUACUGUUACAACGCAGAACUGCACUGAAAUCUGUGCAAACUGCUCCUUAUAACGGUUUUAAAUACUUCCAAAUUUAUUCAGAAUUAGAGAAAAAUGCUCAGAUAUAAGUCGUUUUUGUUGUGCAGACUAGUUGGAGCUGACAGGUCUUACUGUACGUGCAGGUUUAAAAUCACAAUCUUUUGUUUUGGCAUCUGGCUGUAAUGCAAGACAGGUGCCUUCACGUGUUUGUCCGCUGUUUGGACGAGCUUUUCCCUGACAUGUAACGCGCAGAGGCUGUUAAGCCACAGAAUGCGUGCAAUUAACACUUAGCAAGUUUGCAACGUGAUAGGAUCGAACAAACAGAGCAGGAAUAGCUUCAGAUCGUUGCCAUGUGCUGGCAAAUAAGGGGAAAAGUGCAAUUUCGAGUUUUUAAUGCAACAGCACUUGCCAAAGGGGGUGUCGUGCAUUUAUACACAUUUGUGCAACUUGAGCAGCCCGUUCUUUUUUUUUUUUUUUUGCAGCUUAUGUGUGAUCUUCUAGGUUUUUAUAGACAAGCAAGCUUUAUGCGCAGGCUUUGAUGCUCGCAUAGAAGCGGCUCGUCAGUGCUGGGUGUAAAGCUUGUGCAUUCACCGUGUCUUUGUCAGUAAUUUGAAGGCUGUUAUAUUACACAACACUACAGUUUGCACUGCUGUGCUGGCCUUUUCUUUUCUUUUCUUUUUUUUAAACCGCUCUGCAGUGUUUCUUUAUUAGGAUGCAACAGAUUAAAACUCCAACAACCUCUUUCCCUGUUUGUUGGAAACGGCGUUUUGUUUAUGAAAAAAACCUUAAGGGUUUGAAUUUCAUAUCUACUUUCUGUUUCAGAGGAGGCGGAUUGUUUUAAGCGCAGGAAGCCUCGCCCGCAUAAGUUUGGCCCCGUGCAGUAAACAAGUUAGUUGAUUGGUUUUGCUUUAUAUACCGUGAUUUAAUAAGGAAAACACUAACGUAAGCCAGUCCAAGCAGUGUUGGUGGUACCAGUGCCAUGCUUUCCAUUGGUUCCUGUUUACAUGAUGCCCACAGGACACGCCGUGAUUGGUGGCUCUUCACACGUGACCAGGCAACUUUGUACAUUUGACAGGGAGUAGGAGGGUUUUGUGGAGAUCAGAAAAACGACAGCGCGAUAAAAAUUAGUAUUGUUGCACUUCACAAAUUAAUGACCAUGAGUUCCUACUUGAUAAACUCCAACUAUAUCGAGCCUUCCUUUCCUCCAUGCGACGAAUAUCAGCAGAGCGGAUACAUCCCUAACCCCGGUGAUUAUUACGAGCGGCCAAAAGAUACGGGCUUCCCCCAUCACGAAGAGCCAUCCUAUCCGAGGUCAAACUACACAGAAUCGGGAUACGAUUACGGUAACGUCCCCGCUACCGGACUCGACGAUUUCAGCGAUGGGCAUCACGCACAACCGCAACCGGUUCCACAGAGCCACGGUCCUCGCCUCGCGGCGGCCCCAGACGGUGGCGCAAACGCCAGCAAAGACUGCAGCCUCGCCACUGAAGUCUAUCCCGGCGUAGCGAAGGGCAAGGAGCCGGUGGUCUAUCCUUGGAUGAAAAAGGUCCACGUUAGCAGCGUCAAUGCCAGUUACAAUGGAGGAGUGCCCAAGAGGUCCCGCACUGCCUACACCCGCCAGCAGGCUUUGGAGCUGGAGAAGGAGUUCCACUUCAACCGGUACCUGACCCGGCGCAGGCGGGUGGAGAUUGCUCACACCAUGUGCCUGUCCGAGCGCCAGGUCAAGAUCUGGUUCCAGAACCGGAGGAUGAAAUGGAAAAAGGAGCACAAGCUUCCCAACACUAAGAUCCGCUCCUCAAGCUCGGCCUCAGCUUCAGCCUCGGGGGCCCAGCAGCAGCAGCAGAUCAAAACAGGCCAGCAGCUUGUCCCCACGCCGUGCACCGCAGGUCUAUAGUGCAUGAACGAACCCCCCAUCCCUGAAAACCCCAAUCCAGACUGAGAUGGCAAAUAACACAAGUGGAAUUUGAUGGACCGAUUCUCAGUAUUUUACACACACACAUGGUGUUAUCUCUUUCACCUUGCCUCUGCUAUUGGGCCCCUGUCACGUCCUUUGUGCCCUUACCCCUCUCCCCGGUCGUCCUCGCCCUCAUCAUAUAAGCUUGAAAUUCACCUUUAAUUGCCACGGUGGCAACUGAAGUGUUUAUAUAUUUGUUUAUUAUUAUGAAAGAAGGAUAACGCACAUCAAACUUGGAUGAAAUGUAUAAUUGCAGUUAAAAGUGAGUGAGGUAAAAAAGUAAGUUUGACCUCAUUUUUUCUUUUCAAUGUUCUCUUUGAUAUUUCCUUUCCUUUUCUUUAUUGUUGCUCAUGGAAAAGUUCUAAUAUACUUGAAAGAUAUUUAGCGAGACUCUAUAGAUGCCAGUUAGAAAACCACACGGCAUUUUAUUUCUCAAUUUUUUAAUUUUUAAUUUUUUUUUUUUAGAGGCAUGGCAUCAGUCAGAGUAUAGCAGUGUCGUAUGUGUGUGUUCGAGUGGGUUGGUUUACUGUUGAAUGUAGUCCAGGUGACUUUCACAUCUAAUGUACAUAGACAAAUCACAAUGAUGGCACAAUAAGGAAAGCGUUUCGUCAAAGUAAGUUUAUGUUUGUUGGUGUCGUAUGGUCUAGUUUUAUUUGUGCUAUAGUGCGUCCAUGUUGUGCUGUGUUCUAAACUGUGAAUAUUUGUAUAUGUUGUCUCAGUAAUGGCCGUUGUGAUGUAGGCUAGUUUAGAAUAAAUCUGUCCUUGUGAAAUAAAUGUGUGCUUCACUUAUAAGGCUGA